AUUGACAAUAUACCUAUUAAAUUAAAUGCUGCAGCUAUUUUAAGAGAGGGUGCCCUCUAUCAGCGGAAAAUGGAACAAGAGCUCAAGAGAAUUGAAAAUUUGCUACGAGGGGCUGGAGACCCAUCUGAAUUCUUGGAAUGGCAAAAACAGAUGCGUGGAAAAGAUUUGGAAGAGCAGCUGGCUGAAAUAGAAUGUAGGAGGCUUCAAGGGAAACUGAGUCAUGAAGAGGCAGUUCUAGCCCAUCAGAAUGUAAUUCAAGAAAAUAAGAAGAAAGCUGAUCUAAUGAGAGAAGAGAAAGCAGAGCUGAUGCACCAGUAUGCAGAGAAACGUCUACAGGAACAGAAAGAAAUGAGAGAGCUGGUGGAGCAGGUCGUGGAAGGACACAAGAAUGCAAAGCAAGCGAAAAUAAAGCUCCAGAAAUACAAACAGCAGAUAGUUCAGGAAGUUUGUGAAGAAAAUCGAGAACUUCUUCGGCAAGCUUUAGAAGAAGAGGAGGAAAAGCUUAGGAAAAGAUAUGAACUAAUUCAACAAAUACGAGCUAUUGAGUCUUUACCAAGCAUUAGACACAAGUUAGUUGAUUUAACUGAGACUGGUGGCCAUGGUUUAAUUUGUGAAAUGUCAAUAGUGGAACUACGUGAACGCCUCGCUCUACUCAGAGAAGCACAGAAGGCAGCAGAGGAAGAGAAGAGAGACCAGAUAAUUCAUGAAAAACAAGCUAAGGAACAACUUCUUCUAGACAAACUGGACCAGAUUUCCCUGUUCAGAGCAGAACUUGGACGAGCAGCUGCUUUAAAGCAAGAAGAAAAGAAAAGAAAGUUCCAGUCUGGUGAAAGGUCUAUGAAAGAUGAACGCAUUUUAAACCUGCAGAAAAAGAUUGUAGAAAAAACAACGGAGCGUAAAAAGCAAGCAGGACUCUUAAAGAUUACCCCCCAAAAAACCAGCAUCGCAUCAAGGAAGGAUUCUUUGCAAUGGAACCAUUGGAAAGAACUGGAAGAGAGUCGGGAACGACAGUCCAGGAUCCUUCAACAUGGCUUCAUGGCCAGAGAAACAGCUCAGAAAAUGGCUGCCUACGAGGCAGCAAGAAGUGGAGCCACAAUCUGUAUAUUGCGCUCUGAAGUAAAAUAAAAUACAUGUGGAACAAAUUCAGGCCUGCUGGAAAUCUCCCAGUGUGCCUAUUUACUACAAGGUUGAAUUUUAAUCUUUAUUUCACCUUUACAGUGUGAUUAGAAAAAUUUGGGUCAUACAGGCACAAUAGAAUAAAAAUGUGUUAAUUUUUUUGUAACAGACUUUUAUUUUUAAGCUAUGAUGAUACAUUUUUUUCUGUUAGAAUUUAAAGCUUUAAGAAACUGAAAUCUU